CAGAGGAUGGUUUUACCGAAGCUAGCUGAUCCUUUCGCCGUGAUGCCGCUUCUUCUGCGCCUGCAGCGUUUCGUAGGACUAUGGGGCGAACGACGCUUUCGGUACAAGUUCCGGUUGGCAUUCCUGAGCUUCUGCCUUCUUGUCGUUAUCCCAAAAGUUGCCUUUGGUUACCCAGAUCUGGAGACAACUGUACGUGGCACCGCUGAACUGAUAUUUGAGUGGAACGUACUUUUUGGGGUACUGCUGUUUUCGUUGAAGCUAGAUGAUUACGAUGAUCUGGUGUAUCGGUACAUGGAUAUAGCAAAAAUAGCUUUCCGUAAGGACAUCCCUUCACAAUUGGGCGAUUAUCUCGUGCACAUCAAUCAUCGAAUUGACAAAUUUUCAAAAAUCUACUGCUGCAGCCAUCUGUGUUUGGCUAUUUUCUACUGGGUAGCUCCUUCCUCUAGCACCUACUUGGCGUAUCUGAGCUCUCGCAACAAAUCCAUUCCCGUAGAGCAUGUACUACACCUGGAGGAAGAACUGUACUGGUUCCAUACCCGUGUGUCCUUGUUCGAUUAUUCCAUAUUCACAGCGAUCAUGCUGCCAACCAUCUUUAUGCUCGCAUAUUUCGGUGGCUUAAAACUGCUGACCAUUUUUAGCAAUGUAAAGUACUGUUCAGCGACACUGCGACUGGUGGCGAUGAGAAUUCAACUUAUGGACCGUUUGGACGAAGCUCAAGCUGAGAAGGAACUGAUCGAAAUCAUUGUAAUGCAUCAGAAGGCUUUAAAGUGUGUCGAACUGUUGGAAAUAAUAUUCCGUUGGGUUUUUCUUGGACAGUUCAUACAGUGCGUGAUGAUCUGGUGUAGUUUGGUCCUGUACGUUGCCGUAACGGGUCUCAGCACUAAAGCGGCCAACGUUGGUGUACUGUUCAUUCUACUAACGGUGGAAACAUACGGAUUCUGCUACUUCGGAAGUGAUCUAACAUCAGAGAGCCUAAGUGUAGCUCGAGCAGCGUACGAUUGCUACUGGUAUCAACGAUCAGUUUCCAUUCAGCGAAAGCUUCGGAUGGUGUUGCAGCGUGCCCAAAAGCCGGUCGGUAUCUCUGCUGGGAAGUUUUGCUUCGUAGACAUUGAACAGUUCGGGAAUAUGGCAAAAACGUCCUAUUCGUUCUAUAUCGUGCUGAAGGAUCAGUUUUAA